GGCCCUGAUGUGGGAUCAGCUUAGUGAUCUGUUCCUCAGCGCGUGGAUCCUUCGCUGUGCUGCUCUCAGAUCAGUGCCCCUCACCCCUACACUCUGUCCCUCCCCACGCGCGCUCUGAUCCGACAGCAGCUCCACUCCGCAGCCUUUUCCUUCCACUUCCACUCCACUUCAGAGACGCCAACCAGGCUGGCUGUUCCCACGCCUCUGCACCCUUAGAACAAACAAUCUGUACGGGAAUAAACACGGAUUAAAUCACUGUUUUGGGGGAUUAUGCUUUUUCCAAAUCGGACUACAGAUGCGGGAAUUUAAUCAGAAGGAGCCUCGACUUUUUCCAGUAAAGUAACCGUGCAGCAGAAGUGGACGUAAACUUUUUUGGUCUGGGCUCGGUCUUAUAAUGUCAGGGCUUCUGUGUGUGUUAUGAGUGGCUUUUAUGAUUUUUUCCCCCCAUUUCUUAUGAGAGCUGUGUUUUAUAUGGACGGUUUUCCAAGUGGAAAAGAGAGAGAGAGACUUCCACAUCUCAGGAAUUCGACGCCUUGAACUGAAGGGUCCGUGAACGCCGCAGGUAGCUAGCUAACUUGCUCGAGACUUUUAGGAUUGUUUUAAUAUCUCCUGAUAGAGGUGAGAAACAUAAUAGGCCUAAUUGUACUCAAACGAAGGCUCUGGGCUGUUCGGCACACAGCUAACGUGAGCUAAAUGCUCUGUGUGAGCUUUUCCAGGGUCGCAUUUUGUUUAAACCAACUCGGGUCUAGUUCAGCCUCCACCAUUAGCCUCCGCGGCUAACGUCCCAACAUGCCGCAGCUGGGCAGAGACGGAGACGACCUGGGGGCUAACGAUGAGUUGAUCGCCUUCAAAGACGAGGGGGAACAGGAGGAGAAACCCAAUGUGUCCUCUGAGCGGGACUUGGAUGAUGUCAAGUCGUCCCUAGUCAACGAGUCGGAGACCACCAACAGCUCCGACUCGGAGGCAGACAGGCGCCCCAAGCCGCAUCCAGAUGUUGAGAGCAGGGCCAGGCACGGCCAGCUGUUUCAGGAAGGGCCCCGGAAGCAGCAUGACACGGGCUUCUUCCAGCCGUCUCCAUAUGUUGGCUAUCCCUUCUUUAUGAUCUCGGACUUUGGGAACCUCUGCAGCCCCUACCUCACUAAUGGAGCUCUGGCCCCAACCGGCCGGACGUACCUGCCGUUUCAGUGGCCUCUCCUCGACAUCCCAGGAAGAGCAGCUAUCAGAGAUUCUGCUGCUCCCACACACCUGUCCAACAGCGUCCCUGUGGUGCAGCAUCCCCACAUGACCCGCCUGCGCCCCCUGCUGUCCUACAGUCCAGAGGCCUUCUCCCCUCAGAGGGCGUCUCCUGGCUUCUCUCCUGAGCCUGGAAUGUCGAGGAGCCCUCACACUGCCUGUUAUCCUGUGUCUCCUGGAGGAAUGACUCCCAUCCCACACCCACUGGGCUGGCUGCCGGGGCAGCCCAUGUAUCCCAUUGCGGGGGGGUUCUCUCCUGCAGCUCUAGCCAUGAAUGCCUCCAUGUCCAGUCUGGUGUCGAGUGGCUUCUCACCACGUUUGGUUCCGCCCCCCCAGACGUCUGUUCCUGCAUCAGUGAAGCAGGAACCUGGAGCCGGUCACAGCCAGCAGCCUGGGAAGCCCACCUCCGGCUCCGAGCAUGACCAGGAAGAGGAGCGUAAGCCCCACAUCAAGAAGCCGCUCAACGCCUUCAUGCUCUACAUGAGAGAAGAGAGACCCAAAGUUGUGGCUCAGUGCAAAGUGAAGGAGAGCGCCACCAUCAACCAGAUCCUGGGCCAGCGGUGGCAUUCUCUGUCAAAAGAUGAACAAGCCAAAUAUUAUGAUCUGGCUCGCAAAGAGAGACUGCUGCACUCAAAGCUGUACCCCAACUGGUCAGCCAGAGACAACUAUGGGAAGAAGAAGAAGAGGAAGAGGGUGAAGAGUGAAACUCAGCUGGAAGUUGCUGCAGCAGCAGACGACUUCCCUCCACAGCUAAAGAAACCUCGAGAGGAGACUCCACACACACACACUCCGCUCACACAAUCUUCACACACACGCCCUCACCUGACGCAUACACACACAGUGUCUCAUCUGACACACACCCAGCUGUCCCAGGCCAGCCCCGCCUCAUCCCUGGACUCCCCGGCGACCCCCACCGCGGCGCUGGCCUCGCCCGCCGGCCCGGCUGCCACACACACAGAGCACACACACUCCUCCUACAGCCACAGUGGACACUGCUCCCCCUACGGCGAGCAGCUACAGCCGCUCUCCCUCACCACCAAGCCCCCCCGCACCACCCACUCUGUGAGCCGCAACGCCGUCACCCCAGGACCCUCCACCCCCUCCUCUACAGACACACCCACCUCUUCCCCCCCCACAGCCUCCUCCAGGAGCUCCCCUCAGCCACUGCCUCACUCCUUCUUCCUUCCCCCUCCCUCCUCCUCCCACCGAUGAUUCAUCUCCUGUGAACAGCCAAUCAGGUCAGAGCAUCUGAAACAUGAAACGUGCCUCUUUCUACAUCCUGUAAAUAAGCUAUUUUUUAUUUUUUUUUUACUUUUUAUAGACUUGUCAUAUUUUAUACCAGUAUGAAAAGGACAUAUUUGGUCAAUAUUUGACUGCAUCUAAAAUCUGUAUUUUUGAUUAUUUUUUUUGACUAUUUCACUUUUUCUACUUUCUUACUAGGAAGAAACUGUUUUUAUGUGAAGGUGAGGUUUGACACAAAAGUUUGUUUCAGAAAAGCUUUUUUUCCCUUUGUAGUUCUUCAUGUUAAGCUCGUUGAUGGUUCUUCAUGUUAAUAAAUUCAUACAGAAUACAAACAUGCUCUCAUUAUUUUGGCAUUUAGCCAAUAAAAAAAUCUCCUCAUAUUGGUAGUCCUGACUGACUAAGAGAGGAAAGAUGGCUUUGUGACGGUGGAGUCUAUCAAAGCAAAACAGACUGGAUGAACAACCAUUGAGAUAUUAAAGCACAACGAUGAGCUUCACACUUUUUGGAUUGAGGAGGAAACUGGAGAACCCAAGAAUCUACUGGUAGAGCAUGCUAACUAUGGACCUGAAUCUAACUAUGGACCUGAAUCUAACUAUGGAACUGAAUCUUAAGUGUUAAACCCAAACUUCUGCUUCUUCUGCCACCAGCUUCAAUUGCAUUGCUCUAUAUAGCAUCUGUAAAGAUCUAUGCAGACAACCUGUUGUCUAUUUCCAGUCUGUUAAUUAAAUCAGGACGUGGUUAAGCCUGUCAUUAUAAGCAAUAAAUCAGUCAUAUGAUUCAUUAAAACGGGCUUAACAAUU